GUCUCCACGACACACAGACCUCUGGAAAUUCACCCACCACAUCUCUCCCUACAUCAUGGCCAGCCGGUCCCAAGACGUUACGACUAUGCCCGUAGGCGGUCUGCCACUCCACAUUCUCGGUCUUAGCACCCUUCCUCCGUCUCCAGCGCCUAUUCAGGUUGUGUUCUUUGCUCAUGGCCGCCUGAAUACAGCCGCUGCUUCACUCUCCAUUUGUCAAGACAUUUACUCCUACCUCCCCCCGUCAACGCUGAUGGUGACCUUUGACCAAAGAAAUCAUGGUCACAGAAUCAUACAUUCCCUUGCAAAUGAGUCCUGGCAAAAGGGCAAUGAUAACCAUGCUAUUGAUAUGUGGGCUAUUCAGUAUGGAACAGCACGGGACGUUUCCUACUUGAUGGAUGUUCUCCCGGCAUUCUUGGGUAGGGACGUAGAAGCCUGGGGGAUGUGUGGUGUGAGCUUGGGCGGUCAUGCAACACUGUUGGCUUUGGCAAAUGACUCACGUUUGCAGACGGGCGUUUCCAUUAUUGGUUGCGGAGAUUACCUUACCCUCAUGACACACCGCUCCCAAAAAAGUACUCCACAGAUCCCUCUACCUCCCGCUUCAGAGAAAUACAUCAACGCUCAACUCUUGUCGGCUCUCCAUGCUCAUGACCCAAUCCAUCGUGCACACGCUUUUCGGGACAAGGCUUUAUUACUCUUGAAUGGUGGAAGCGACAAGUUGGUUCCAGCUUCUUGUAAUGAGAAAUUUAUUGGCAAACUGGGUGCCGUCAUGGAUCCUGAGAGGUUUCAAGUGGUCGUUGAGGAUGGGGUGAAACAUGCUGUGACAGAGACCAUGAAGGAACGAUGUGGACAAUGGCUGGCCAGGUGGAUAACCACAGGUGAGAAGGACAAUGGAACAAAAUCUAGAAUAUAGCAUAUAGAUGGAAUGACUACCGUAGGGUAAACCUUGCUAGCAGCUUUCAAAACCCGUGCUAUAUAACAAGAUAGAACCACCCCGCAUGGAGCAUUUGUGCAAUCCAAUAGAAUGAAAUACACACCGCCCA